AUGCGACCAUGUGAUCCUAAUUCAGCUUUUUUUGGAUUUAUGGGAAUUGCUGCAUCCUCCAUUUUUUCCAAUUUGGGGGCUGCCUUUGGUACGGCCAAAAGUGGAGUAGGGGUAUGUAGUGUGGGUGUUAUGAGGCCUGAUCUAAUUAUGAAAUCGAUAUUACCUGUAGUUAUGGCUGGUGUGCUUGGUAUUUAUGGAAUUAUUAUGUCUAUUCUUAUAUACGGAAGAAUGACUCCAGCUGCUGAGUACUCCACUUUUUUGGGAUACACACAUUUAUCAUCUGGGUUAAUAGUUGGAUUAAGUUCAUUAGCUGCCGGAUUAGCUAUUGGAAUUGUUGGUGAUGCAGGUGUAAGAGCCAAUGCGCAACAAAACAGACUGUUCAUUGGAAUGAUUUUAAUUCUUGUUUUUUCAGAAACCCUUGCAUUAUAUGGUUUAAUUAUCGGUAUUUACAUUUCCAUAUCAGAACCGACGAAGCUUUGCGCAUCAUAUGCAACACAAUAA